AUGGAUUCUUCAAGUUCAAGUUCGUAUGAUAAAUUUGUUUUGUCAUCCUCAUCCGACGACGAGGCAGAAUUAAUAUUAUCAGCAGUGACGAUGGUGAUGAAAGCAAUUGUUGAAGAUGCAGAUGAAUGGACUUCCCAACCCCAACCCAAACCCAAACUGAGGAAGUAUAUUGUUCAUGAAUGCGAAACCGCAAACGAUUUGCUGGUAAGCGAUUAUUUCUCACCCGAAUCAACGUAUGAUGAAAGAUUGUUUAGGCGUCGUUUUCGUAUGAGUAAAAAAUUAUUUUUAAGAAUAUCAAAGGAUUUAGAGGAUAAUUAUGCUUUUUUCCGACAAAGACCCGAUGAGCGUGAACAUCACGCCAAAUAUCAUGGUCUCCCCGGGAUGAUCGGUAAUUUAGAUUGUAUGAAAUGGGAGUGGGAACUUUGUCCAACUGCAUGGCAAAGCUCUCACACAAGUGGAUAUCAUGGAAUGCCGGCUAUGAUGCUUGAAGCGGUUACAUCACAAGAUCUUUGGAUCUGUCAUGCAUUAUUUGAUGGAACCCUAGAUUCUAAAAGAAUGAAGUUUAACAAAGUUCAGAUGGUGGCACGCAAAGACAUUGAGCGAGCAUUUGGUGUUUUGCAGAAAAGGUGGCGCAUUUUAAGCAUGCAUUGUCGAUUGUAUGAAAAAGAUCAAAUAAGAAACAUGAAAUAUGUGUGCAUCAUUCUACACAAUAUGAUUUUAGAGGAUGAAUGGCGUGCAAUUGUUGAAUAUUAUGGCGAGGAGCCCGAAUCAAAUCACGAAGACAUGAGUGACGAAGAGAGAACGCAAAACCAAUAUCGAAUCGAGUCAAGACAAAUAAGUUCAAACCUUCGAGCUGAUUUGGUAGAACAUGUUUCGACACCUCCUAGAUUCAACUCCAAUGAAGAUGAUUGA